AUGGACCGCACCAUGAAGGACACCUUUGCGCAGUACGUGAAGCGCCUCCCGCUGCUCUUGACGGCCGCGGCGGGCGACGCGAGCGCCAGCGACCGGCCCGACCCCGCGAGCGGGCUCGCGGUGCUCGAGCGCACGGACCCGCCCCUCGGCCAGAGCCUCCCGGACCCCGACCGCCUGAUCGCCCUCAAGACGAGCCUCGGUCCCGCGGACGGGGGGCCCUCCCCGCUGUUCGUCAACACGUUCAGGGCCGUCGACGCCCCGCGCAGCGAGAGGGAGCGCGCGGCAGGCGCUGCGCCGUCGAGCGGGACGAACACGCCGACGGCGGCGCGGUACCACGUCCCGACGGGGGCGUGCAGCAGCGUGGGCCUGCGGUUCCCGCCCGGGUGGCAGACCGCGGCGUGGUCGCUGAUGGACUCGCCGCCCCGGCACGCGGCCAGCGACGCGCCCGCGGAGCGCCAGGCGCAGCAGGCGGGCCAGGACGACCCGGACUGGCUGUCGGACGACGCCCUGCAGGAGCUUCGUGCGCGUGCCGGCGAGCUGCUGGCGGGUGGGUCCCAGGAGGCCGUUGCUGACGUCAGGAAGCAGCUCGAAGGGCUGCGGACGAGGGUGCGGCGCGCGCUCCAGGACAAGACGUCCAGCGCGCGGGCCCAGGUCCUCCCGCACCGGCACCGCAGGGUCCUGAGCGAGGCCGUGACGCGCAAGCUGCAGCGCAUGGCGGACUUCCUGACGGAGCUCUCCUACAUGCUGCGGCCCAAGACGGAGAAGGGGCGGCCCGCGGGCGGCGCCAAGCGCAAGGCAAACAGCGGCGCCGAGGCCGGGCCGGCGAAGCGCGGCCGCGCGAACAGCGCGGGCAGUCCCUCGCCGCGCGCGGACGACGCGCGCGGGGCCGACACGGAGCAGGACGACAGCCUCGAGUACUGGGAGGGCGUCGCGGCGACGGCGGCGGACAGCAAGGAGGUGCUCAUGGCGUGGAUGAUCAGGAACUUCACGCAGCCGUUCCCGAGCAACGAGCAGAAGGACAUCCUGACCAAGGUCACCGGCAUGUCGCGCGAGCAGGUCGGCCACUGGUUCAUCAACGCGCGGGGCAGGUUCUGGAAGCCGCUCGUGCUGAAGAUGGCCAAGGAAAUCGACCCCGAGUUCUCCAGCCGCUGA